ACAUCUGGCAACGCUGUUAUUCUUCGCCAUCGACGGCGAAAAAGGCGUCUGCAAACAAUAACAAAUAACGAACAAUUGUUUCCCAACGCCAUGUCCAUGAUUCCGUUUUUUCCUUCGCUUAAAGUUUCCGUAGCGAACCGCUACUGGCUUGAUAUGGCUCCGGCAUCGGUUAGCGAGGAGGCGCAGACUCGGCGGUACGAGGACGAGCGCAGCAACUGGCGCGAAUCGCUCAAGACAGCCGGAACUGACCUGCAGCCUCUAGGGAAGAUGCUAACUAUACCGGGCAUAGAAACCGACGACGAAGAUGCAAAUGACGAUAGCGAAGACACAGACAGUCACGACGAGGAGGACGACGAAACAAACGACCGCGUCAUCCCAGUCACACAGGACUUUUACUCUGCAGAUGAUAUUCAGAUGAACGACGAAACUUCCCCCACGGCACCAUGAACCGCUUCAAAAGUCUCUGAAUCUAGUGGAUACACAAUACGUUUUUAUUUCCGCGCCCUUUACUAACUGCAAUAACAAUGCCGUUUACUUUAAGCUUAAAUAAAUUAAAACAUAAUCAGCA